CAGCCUUUUACUCUACCGUUCCCUCCUCGACAAACAUCCCUGGGGGUUCACCACAUCACCAAACAUUCUGUUUGUCUCAGUCAACCUGCGACCUAUCUAACCUGAACCUCUACCCUGCCCACAUUCGAAUCCCAUACACCAAAGGAAUUCAAUUACCCAAAUACGAUUCGUCCAAUAUGGCUGCCCCCGCGAACAAGAACAUUGGCGACCUCAAUGGCAAGUGGAUCAUGAAUAAAACCCUCUCGUCCAACAUCGAGCCCGGGCUGGCCCUGCAGGGCGUCGGCUGGGUCACGCGCAAGGCGGUGUCGAUGGCGACCCUGACGCUCACGGUCAAGCAAUUCGUGGCGCCGCCGUCGCCGCCGUCGGACCCGGCCAACCCGCCGGCGACGCACAUUGAGAUUGAGCAGACGGGCACGGGCGGCAUCAAGGGCUCGACGGAGAAGCGAUGCCUGGACGACACGUUCCGCGACCACAGCGACUGGCUGUUUGGCCACGUGCGCGGCAAGAGCCGCUUCCUCGGGCCCGACGACAUCUCGGACGAGUUCCUCCGCAGCGGCUGGCUCGAGGGCGACGACGAGAAGAAGGGCCCCAACGGCGAGACCCACGUCAUCAGCUACGUCGAGAGCUACGACAACGGCUGGACCGCCACUCAGAUCUGGGGUUUCAAGACCAUCGAGGGCGUCCGCCGCCACGUCAGGAACGUCCUCAUCACCAAGGGCAGCGAGAGGGUCGAGCUGCAGCUGGUCUAUGACUGGGUCAGCGAGUAAGAAGACGAAUGGGGGGGUAGGUGGUUGGAAGUCGGUGGUUUAACGUCGUGUUGGCCUGUUUGGACUGUGCUGUACAUACAUACAUAUGAUGGGGUAAGCUAGAGGCCGCGGGAUACAUACCUUCUAUUAUUAGUGUAGAGGCUUUAUGACACAACAAGCACGAUACAGGAGUCG